UCUGUGGUUCUAGGAGUGAGAAGAGCAGGCUCAUUGCUAAGGACUCCAUGUGAAACUGAUGGAAGACCAUGAUUUUUGCUGCAAUGUUCAAUCACUCACUCUUUUAAUAGAGUUCUACCAUUGAAACAUGGAGUCAUCAUCCGAGGUCAAAAAAUCGACCCAUGUCAUCACUGUACAACCAAAUGAUAAAGUACUAACUGCAUUUCCCUACAGACCUCAUGCCUCACUGUUGGAUUUCCUGAAGGGAGAACCAAAUGUCUUAGGGGCUAUCCAGAUCCUCCUGGCACUGAUCAUUUUGGGCGUCGGAACUAUAUUUGCAUUUAAUUACAUCAGUUUCUCCCAGAAAUUCCCCCUCGUUUUCCUCACAGGAUAUCCGUUCUGGGGAGCACUUGUUUAUGUUGUUACAGGAUGCCUUAUCACAGGAGCACAUGAAAAGGGAAAAUGCCAGAGACAAGGUAUCAUGGUCAUGAAUGUCAUCAGUUGCUUGGCUGCAGUGGCUGGGAUUACUCUAACCAUUAUCAGCUACAGAUAUCAACACAAGUAUUGUCAGAUGCCUUCCCUCGAAGGAAUAUGUGUCAUAGGUAGAGUUCUUUUCAAUGGAAUCUUGUCAGUCUUACUGAUCAUCAGCAUAGUGGAGCUCAGCAUCGCGGUGACUAUCGCCUCCUUCAGAAGCAAGUGCUGGACAAACUCUGAUGAGAUUGUAUUUUUCUUGCCUUCGGAUAUUACUCAAGAUAGUGAAACAUCUGCCCCUGAAGAAAAUGCUACAAUACAAUUUGAGCUUCAAGAACAGUCUUCUACUGAUAUAGCAACAACAAACAAGCAACCUGUUUUCAUUGGAGGUUAUGCUUUCUUCAAGUUAAGAAUCUCAAGAAAUCCUUUAGUCUUUCGACAUUCAAGGAGGAGAGGCAGCAAUAUUUACUAUACAUCUUCUGUAUCUAUGCUAGACGAACAACAUAAAAAUAACCCUCCACCUUCACAACUUCAAGAGGAACAAACUAAACUGAAAGUUUUGCCUCUCACAGAGGAGAAGAAGCCCACCGAAAAUAUUCCAUACACUGAACAACUGAAAGAUGAAGACCUAAAAUCUGCUGUCACACAACCCCCAAAAAAGCAAACCCAAUUGCUGCAGUCCUCAGCUUCACCAAUCCAAGUUUUUCCAUCCUACUCUAAAAAACUCCAGGCGUUACCACCCAAAGACUUGCUACCCCAAGCUCUGCCAGUACAAGCCCCAAAACCCUAUGUCACACAGCCUCAUGGCCUGACAUCGGAAGACAUGCCAUACCAAGACAUACCAUACCAAGAUGCACAAUCCCUAGACCUCCCAUCUCAGAAGGCAGCAUACCAAGACAUAUCAUACCGGAAUCCACCAUACCAAGAUACACCAUCUAAAAACAUGGCACCCCAAGACAUGCUAUCCCCAUAUGCACCAGCCCAAGGCAUAACUAACCAAGAUCUGAUUUCCCAAGUACCAGCUCUGCCAGCACAAGUCGUGCUAUUUGAAGCUCCAACAUUCCAUGCUGUACAGUCCUCUAAUAUUCAACGCUUAGAUCAGCAGUCCCUUCAACAACAAAAUCAGCAAUUUAUGCAGGUAGCAUAUCAAGACAUGCAAUCAGAAGUCAAGUUAUUGACCCAAGAAUGGAAAUCCAAGGAGGAAUUCCACAGCAGGAAAUCCUCAAAGUGGCAAGCCUUAGACUGGCAAAACAAAAAUUCACAACCUCCAAAGUCACAGAAUUUAGAGCAGCAAGACAAAGCCUUGCAAUAUGCAAAACAGAAAUCCCCAGACCCACAAAUUCAAGGCCAAGAAUCCCCAAAAAGGAAAUCCCUAGAUGAUCACAUCAAGGGCUGGUUAUCCCCAAAGAGGCACUCCACAGAUAAGCAAAUCCAAGUUAAGCAAGACAAACAAUACCCAGAUCAGCAAUCUGAAGGCCAGCUGGUCCUAUGGGAACAACCCCAAAAGCAACUAUCCCCAUAUGGACAAGAUGAAGAUCAACAGGACAAAGAGAAGCAAUCCCUGAAAAAACAAUACAAAGAAAGACAAGAAAGAGCUCUACAGGUUUAUAAGGGACAAUCCCUUGUGAAACACACGCAGCAAGCUGAAGACCUGCAAGUCAAAGAGCAGCUACAUCAAGAUGGACAAUUCCAAAUCCAGGAAUACCAAGGCUGGCAACUUUUAGACCAAAAGUCCCAAGAUUGGAGUUCAAGAGUUCAAGGCUGGAGAAGCAAAGAUUGGAAAGUGCAGGAAGCGCAAUUAGAAAUGCCACAUUCCCUAAAGUGGGAAUCUCAAAUUCGGCAAACCCAAGAUCUAGUAGAGGAAGAAUCCCUAAAGCAGACCGCUCUACAACAAGAAGUCCAAGCUGUGCAUGCCAUAACUCGACAACAAUUACAAAGCAUUCCGUUUCAAGACAGUCAGGAUCAAGAUAAGAACCAACAAGACCGUAAAUCCGCAGAAACCCAAAAAGAAGAUAUGCAGAUAGAUACCAUGCAAACAAGAGACAACAAACCAACAAGCAUGAAGCUUGAGAGCCAAAACCUAUACAACCUGCAGUGGGAAGACAAAAAGCCAGAUUUUAAGUGUAGUUCCUCCCGCCAAAGCUCAGUGCAAGACACACAGUUCACUUCUGCAUCUGAUAUAAAUUCAGAACAAGAUGUGCAGAAAGACAUUUCAAUUUGCUCAGCUUCAUACCAAGAAGAUAUUCCUUUAAUUUCUACCUCAUGUUACACAAAAGACCAACAGCAAUCUGAAGACUCUGACUAACGGGCAAAAUCUACCCAAAUGCCACACUGCUCCUAAUUAUGGAACCAAAAAAGGAAAAACAAUAUAGUCUCCUCCAACCUAUGUUCUCAAGUAUAGUUGCUACCUUAUUCACUCAGCAGAAAACAAAGGGCAUGCAGAACGCGCAAAGGAUUUGUCCUUAAAAUAAAAUGGCAACGAAUA